CUAACCUUUUUACUUUUUUUCCUGAUCAGGAAUUGUGCGUGUAUGCGAUGAAUUUUCGUAAAAAAUGGAUUUAUUUACCGAAAUUCAAGAUAGAUUAGAAACUAAAAAGUUUUUGAAAACUGCCCAAACAUUUCAUGAUGGUUAUAUUAGCAAUGGUGCCAGUUUUGAAACUGAUGAUGGAAUUAUUUUUGUCAAGACAAAUUACGAAGACAUAGCUUUAGAUAUGUUGAAUGGUGAAUUUUCUUCAUUGCAAAAAAUUGCAGAAACCCAAACUAUAUGUACGCCAAAGCCUUAUUUUGUAAUAGCCGAUCCGAAUAGCAAUGGCGGAGCGUUGAUUGUUGAAUAUUUGAACAUGCAACCGGUGACAAAUUGGAAAAAACUUGGCUCCAAUUUAGCGGAUUUACAUUUAUUCAAUUCGGUUCUUGGUCGUAAAAAACUGCGGUUAGAAUCAUGGAUCGGUAAACCGCUCACAUCGCAAUUACCUGAGAAUAUUGAAUUUACUAUAAACAAAAACAUCAAAUUGAACAUUCCCUGUGACAUUAUCGAAAAAGUCGACCAUGUAGAAGAAUUCGGAUUCUAUUCAACCACUUGUUGUGGAAAAAUUCCUCAGAACAAUGAGUGGCAUGAUAAUUGGAUUGAAUUUUAUGCUCGUAAUCGUUUGAAGCAACAAGUUGACUUGGUCAUUGAAAAUUUUGGUAACCGCAAAAUUAUCGAAUAUUGGUCAGAACUUCAGCUUAAAAUCGAUAAAUUUUUCAUUGAUGUCAUUGAUAAUAUUGAACCGGCUUUAUUGCAUGGAGAUUUGUGGUCAGGAAACGUUACACAAAUCGUAAAUGGAGAUCCGGUAAUUUUUGAUCCAGCAUCAUUUUAUGGCCAUUCUGAAUACGAACUUUCAAUUUCCAAACUAUUCGGAGGAUUCAGUUCCAUAUUCUAUGAUGAAUAUUUCAACAAGAUUCCCCAGCAAAAAGGCUUCAAAAAACGUUCAGAAUUGUACACACUCUUUCAUCUACUCAAUCAUUGGAAUCAUUUUGGUGGAUCAUACGCAAACCAAAGCAUUGAUUUAAUGAAAAAAAUAACGAGUUAUGUUUUUAAUAUUAAUUAAAUCAUGAUAAAUAGAACUUUGCACUUAAGGCGAUAUGAUCUGAACCCAAAAUUGAAUUGGGUAUGUUGCCGAUUUUUUUCAAAUUUUGUUUGUUCAUUAAUUGUUUAAAUGCUGAUAAACGUAAAUUUUUAUGAUUAUGACUAUAAAACAAAUGAUCAACCAGACCGCAA